UCGGCGACAUCGAUAUAACAUCAACAAUCAUUGAAGUUUUUAUUUUCUUAUUUGAGAAGGAAUAAAGAAAUUUUGUUAAAUAUUAUCAAAAUAUGAGCGAAGAUAACAAUGAAAAAGUUAUUUGGACCAUAAAAAAUGGAGAGCUGGAGGCCGUACAAACAACAUUUAGCAACGAUACUCAGAAAGUAAACGACGAGAUCAAAGGACGAUUUCCAAUACAUUAUGCCGCUGAUUUCGGUCAAUUAAGCGUUCUUAAGUUUCUGAUUAAAUUAGGAGCUGAUGUUAAUAAAAAAGACAAGCAUGGAAUUACUCCACUUUUGGCCGCCGUCUGGGAAGGACACACCAAUUGCGUUGAGUAUCUAUUAGAAAAGGGUGCGGAUAAAGAUGGAGCUACUCCAGACGGACAAAGCUAUGUUGAAGUAGCAGAAAAAGACGAAAUUAAGAAACUACUUUUAAAAUAAUUAUUUUAAUAAAAUGUAAUCUUGAAAAUGAAAA